AUGUCCAAGCCCGCACAGCGCACCGUGCUCAACCUCGGCAACCUGCCGCCCAAGCGCGAGGGCUUCGGCUCGGCCGGCUCCUACCCGCGCACGCCGUCGCGCGUCGACCCGAACAACCCGCCGUGGCCCGCGUACCGCGGCUACCACGAGUUCUCCUUCGCGCACGAGACGAUGGGCAAGCGCCUGCCCACCAUCCUCGGCAAGGCCAUCGACGACACGAUCCGCACGCUCAACGAGCAGAGCGACGAGGAGCGCAUGGUCGACCUGCUCAAGUGCAUCGAGCGCAUGCAGGUGCUGAUGAAGGACCUGCAGAACAACGCCAAGCUGCGGCCGAUCAUCGACGACGGCGAGGGCGACGUGGCACUGUGGAACAAGGAGCUGGCGCGCUACUUCCGCGGCAAGACGUUCAUGGAUGCCCCGUGGUUCUUCGCCGAGGCGUACAAGUACCGCCGCCUGCAUGAGUGCUUCUCCAUCUCCAAGUACUGGAAGGACUACGACGUCUUCUUCCGCCAGAAGUGCGACACCUUCUCGCGCUCGUCGACGGCCGUGUUUGAGCUGUCCACGCGCUUCGCUGAGCCGUUCCACUACGAGGCCAACGCGUCGGACGCCGAGAAGCUUGAGGCGCGCAAGCUCGUCUUCCACGAGCUGACGCAGGUGUGCCUCUGGGGCAACGCCACGGACCUCAGCCUGCUCAUCAACAUGACCGAGGAGGACAUCAAGAACCUGCAGAGCACCGGCGGCGAGCACCUCGCCGCGACGGAGAAGAACAUCCUCGGCAACCACAUCGAGCGGAUCUGGAACAUGCUGUCGAAGAUGAAGGACGGCCGCAUCGACUUCGUGCUCGACAACGCCGGCUUCGAGCUGUACUGCGACUGCGUCUACGCCGACUGGCUCAUCCAGUCGGGCAUCGCCAAGCAGGUGCGCUUCCACGGCAAGCGCUUUGCGUGGUUCGUGUCGGACGUGACGCGCAAGGACUGGGACUGGCUCCUCAACAGCAUGAUGUACGGCUCGCUCUUCCCCGACGGCUCCGACGCCGAGCUGGCGUCGCUCAAGCAGCUCGCGACGCGCUGGAAGGGCUACGAGAACGAGGGCCAGUGGAUCUACGAGCAGCACCCCUUCUGGUGCACGGGCUACUCGUUCUGGUCGCUGCCCAGCGAGGCGCCCGACCUGUUCCUGCACCUGUCCGAGAGCGACUGCGUGUACUUCAAGGGCGACCUCAACCACCGCAAGCUCACGUACGACUGCCAGGCGCCGUCGCAGACGCCCUUCGACAUUGCCAUUGGCCCGCUCGCCAGCGAGGACGGUGCGCCGCCGGUCGUGUCGCUGCGCACGAUCAAGUCCGACGUCGUCGUCGGCGUGCCGGAGGAGGUGUCGAAGCGCCUCGACGAGGAGGAGAAGGGCUGGCGCAUCAGCGGCAAGUACGCCGUUGUGCUCGUGUCCGACGGCGACACGGAGCGCCGCCCCGUGCGCUUCGAGGACGGCAACAAGUAA